AUGAUGAUCCUUUCUCUUCCCCAAUAUAUUUUGGGUCAAUCAAGUAAUUUGCGAUAUUGCUCGAUUGCCAACACCACAGUGAUUCCACUCACCACAAGCUUAACAGGUCAACAACAACCCGGAAUAUUAUGUCCCUUUGGAUUCAUCAAACAAAGAAAUAUCACUUCGGGUCUGUUCACUUGUCAAAGUGUGAUGGAUUUAUUGAAUGACAUUGUGGACAAGAAGGAUUGUUUCUUGCCACCAGGUCGAGACAAUGAAAAAUCAUUGCCCUACUUUGACACUACAAACUGUAUUUUCAAUUAUCUUCAUUGUUCUCCUCGAACCAGAAAGUGCACCCUAUUCAACACGAGAAGUUUGGGCGAUGCAUGUGUAGACCGAUUUAGUUGUGCAGGAUCGGUUCAGAAAAAUCACAUCAAUUGCUUUGAAGGAAUUUGCACCACUUUGGAGAGGGAUGAAGUGUUACCGAUUGGAUCCUCUUGUAGUGUGGAUCCCUCAGCUCCCAAUUUUUCUUCCUUUGUGAGCUAUGAGAACAACACCUUUGCAACUUGCAACAAUGAGUCUACUUGUGUGUCGACGAGUGGUUCUCUCAUGUGUGUGAGAGUUCAACAGGAAAGAGCAAAGAGAUUUGGAACAUGUGGAAUGAUGUACACGUCGACUAAUUGGUCUGAGAACAACACUACAGUGGUGGUGGCGUCGGAAAAAAGUAUUGUGUUGUGUGAAGAUGCACAUCUUUGCUCAUUUAUUGAACAUGGCAAAUGUUUGCCAAAUUAUGCUUCGACGGACUUUUUUGACAAGUUUAGACUUCCUUUCACAACCUUUGUUGAUCCUCAUCAUUUUAGUCUUUCAAUGAGAAUAAGCUCAACUCUCUUUGAGGGAAGAAGAGCUUACGUCAAACAAGGAACUGAAUUUUGUACAGACAAUCAAGGUUGUUCUGGAAACGCACUUGAUGUAUUUGCUGCCUUACAAAUCAAGUCAAGUUAUUCAUACAUACGAGGACCAGUGGCUUUUAAUGGAACCUACUCUGCAAUGCUUAGCAAAUGUGACACAUCUCUGAAGAAAUGUAUUCGAGUCUUUGGAAAAGAGAAUGGAAUGCCAUGUUCAGAAAAUGCCGAAUGUCGAUCGACUUAUUGUUCACCUUUCAACAACAUGACUUGUUCUGAGUUGCCAAAAGAAGUUGCAUGUGGACCAAGUGUUUCCAGUGCAUCAUUGUCUGAUUGUCCAGGAUAUUCACAAUGUGUGUGCACCAACUCGAGUCGAGGAGUUUGUAUGAGUUUAUGUUUUGCUGAAUUGACAGAUUUGCAUUCAUGUUCCUAUAAUUUUGGAAUGGUUGGAUCAAAUAGUGCAAUUUCUAAAAUGGAAAAUACUUUAAUUCCAUUCUAUGACAAUCAAUCCUCAAUAUUUUCUCUUGAAAAUGGAAAAUGUAAAGAAUACAUGAUCAAAUAUUUUGAAUGUAUGAAGAAUAUUCAACAAGAAAUGAAUUUGGAGACUCAUGAUUUGCCAUAUUCUCCUUUAACAAGACGAAAUGGAAUGACAGGAAAAUCUUUGUCACUCUCUGAACCCAAUGACAUUGUUUUGAAAAGUAAUUUGGCAAAUUUAUCUCUAUCUGAAGAUGAGACAGAUGUAUUUGCAAUUGCUGAAGUGAAUUUGACCAACAUUGAAAAUAAUCAAUUUUCAAACAUUUCAGAAGUAUCCUUAACAAGAAUUGAUAUGUUUAAUGAAAGUUCAAGUUCAAUGUUGAUGCAAGUUUCAAGCAUGUAUUCAAAUUUUAACAUUUCAGAACAAGUGGUUGUUUAUAUUUUGGAAAGAAUGGCAGGAUUAAUUCCAAAAUAUAAAACCAAAGAAAUUAAUUUCAGAUCAACCUUGAAAGUGUGUGGAUGUUGCACUCCAACAGUGACCAAUUAUUUGCAAGAUUCACUUCAUGGAGGAAUUUUAUUGAAAGGAAAUGAUUCAAAUAUUCUCUCUUCAGGAUUGAUUGCAUUCUCUGAUUUAUCAUUAAGUAAUACCAUCUCUGGAUUUGAACCAAUUAUGGGACAUAAUUCAUUUCUGAAUCGAAAUUGGUAUGAGAAAUGUGACAUUAUUUUAGUUCCAGCUGAAGAUAUUGAUGUGAUUACACUCUCUGUGAAGAAUAACAUGUUAAUUUUGGAUCGAAAUUCAACAGAUGGAAAUUCAUUGAAAGAAUUGGAAGAAAAAAUCAAUGAAUGA